AUGGCUGAAGCAAUUUUCAAUCAAAUUGACAUUAACAAGGACGGAAAAGUUACCUACGACGAGGUGAAAGCUUUUGUCUCAAAGAAGAGAGAGAUUAAACAUGAGAACCUUUUCAAAGUCAUUUUCAAAGCUGUCGACCUUGACAACAACAAUGAGAUUGACAUUGCUGAAUUCACCAAGUUCUUCCAAUCAAUCCAAGGAAUGGAUUUGAAUGAUGCGAAACUCGGCUUGAAAGUCCUUUACAAGUUAAUGGAUACUGAUAAUGACGGUAAAUUGACCCGAGCUGAAGUUCUUGCUUUCUUCACAAAACUCGGUGCACAAAGAGUCGUUGACCACGUCAUGAAAGCUGACAAGAAUGGUGAUGGUUUCAUCACUCUUGAAGAGUUCACUUCUUUUGAGCUCCAAUAA